AUUUGGCAAGUCACAUCACACAUAUCAUGAUGUUAGAGCUUGGCUUGAAAGUGCAAAAACAAACCAAACAACAGAACAAGGAGGCCACGCCAUGUUCUCUCACCUCCAAAAGCUUUCCUAGUUUGCCACCACCAGUGGGUCCUCAUACAAAACGCACCACUUUCGUUUCGCACCAUCACGUUCUCUCUCUCUGUAUUUCGCGCUCAACGACCUCCUAGGGCUCCCUCCAGCUCUCACUCACACUAUAUACAGUAAGAGGAGUGCUCUGAGCUCUGCGGGCAUUCUGUCUUCUUCGAUUCAUGGCGUCGAAUUACGAGCUGGUGCGCACCGUUUUGGGCGUUUCGGUUUCGGAUUCGCUACUGCUGGUUUUCACCACCUCCGCCGCCUUGCUGAUUGGACUUCUGGUGUUCGUAUGGAAGAAAUCUUCGGAUCGGAGCAAGGAACAGAAGUCGCUCGCGGUGCCGAGGUUGCCGCUGCGGGAAGAAGAGGAAGAUGAAGUCGAUGUUGCUUUGGGGAAGACCAGGGUUGUGGUUUUCUUCGGAACUCAAACCGGUACCGCUGAGGGAUUUGCAAAGGCUUUGGCAGAGGAAAUCAAGGCUAGGUAUGAAAAAGCAGUUGUUAAAGUUGUUGACCUGGAUGACUAUGCAAUGGAUGAUGAUCAAUAUGAAGAGAAGCUGAAGAAAGAGUCACUUGCAUUUUUCAUGUUGGCAACAUAUGGAGAUGGAGAACCAACUGACAAUGCUGCAAGAUUCUGCAAAUGGUUUACUGAGGGUAAAGAUGAGAGGGGUACCUGGCUUCAACAGCUCACAUAUGGUGUUUUUGGCUUAGGUAACCGGCAAUAUGAACAUUUUAACAAGAUAGGUGAAAUAGUUGAUCAAGAACUUAGUGAACAAGGUGCAAAGCGUCUUGUUCCACUAGGGCUUGGUGAUGACGAUCAAUCCAUUGAGGAUGAUUUUGUUGCUUGGAAGGAAUCUCUGUGGCCUCAGUUGGAUGAGUUGCUCCGAGAUGAGGAUGAUGUAAAUACUGUCUCCACUCCUUAUAAGGCUGCUAUUCCUGAAUAUCGGGUGCUUAUUCACGAUUCAACUGUCACAUCAUGCAAUGAUAAUCACCUAAAUGUGGCAAAUGGGAAUACUGUGUUUGAUAUUCACCAUCCUUGCAGGGUUAAUGUUGCCGUUCAAAGAGAACUUCACAAACCUGAUUCUGAUCGAUCUUGCAUACAUUUGGAGUUUGACAUAUCAGGGACUGGCAUAAUAUAUGAAACUGGUGACCAUGUGGGUGUUUUUGCUGAAAAUUGUGAUGAAACUGUUGAAGAAGCUGGAAAGUUGUUGGGUCAGGAUUUAGAUUUGUUGUUUUCCCUUCACAUUGAUAAUGAGGAUGGUACUUUCUUAGGAGGAUCUCUUCCACCUCCUUUCCCUGGCCCUUGCACACUGCGCUUUGCUUUAGCUCAUUAUGCAGAUCUCUUGAACCCCCCACGCAAGGCUGCUUUAGUGGCUCUGGCUGCACACACUUCGGAAUCCAGUGAAGCAGAUAGAUUAAAUUUCCUCUCAUCUCCUCAGGGAAAGGAUGAGUACUCCAAAUGGGUGGUUGGAAGUCAGAGAAGUCUUCUUGAGGUUAUGGCUGAGUUCCCAUCAGCAAAGCCACCCCUUGGUGUUUUUUUUGCUGCAGUAGCCCCUCACUUACAACCUCGUUAUUAUUCUAUUUCAUCCUCACCUAGGUUUUCCCCUCAAAGGGUACAUGUAACUUGUGCAUUGGUAUGCGGUCCAACUCCUACUGGAAGAAUUCACAAAGGAGUAUGUUCAACCUGGAUGAAGAGUGCCAUUCCCUUGGAGAAAAGUCUUGAGUGUAGUUGGGCUCCUAUUUUUAUCAGAACAUCAAACUUCAAGUUACCGGCUGAUCAUUCCAUUCCUAUUAUUAUGGUUGGUCCUGGAACUGGCUUGGCACCUUUCAGGGGAUUCUUACAGGAAAGAUUGGAUCUCAAAGAGAAUGGUAUUCAAAUUGGACCUGCUUUACUCUUCUUUGGAUGUAGGAAUCGACAAAUGGAUUUUAUUUAUGAGGAUGAGCUAAACAAAUUUGUGGAACAAGGUGUUCUGUCAGAGUUGAUAGUCGCGUUCUCAAGAGAGGGACCUGAAAAGGAGUAUGUUCAACACAAGAUGAUUGAUAAAGCAGCAAUUUUGUGGAAUUUGAUUUCUCAAGGAGGAUAUCUUUACGUCUGUGGCGAUGCUAAAGGUAUGGCAAGAGAUGUUCAUCGGACCCUUCAUACCAUUGUCCAGCAGCAGGAAAAAGUGGACUCUUCAAAAGCAGAGGCUAUUGUGAAAAAACUCCAAAUGGAUGGACGUUAUCUUAGAGAUGUUUGGUAAAUUUUCUGGUUCUUCAUUUGUCUGAUUGUGACAUCCCUGGUAUUUCGUUUGUUAAGUUCAAGAUGGGUUGAAGGAAUUUGAUACUCUACUAUGACGAAGUUUUCUGACACCAAUGGCGGAGGCUGAAAUUUCCUGUGAAAACAAAUCGUUUUGGUGGACAUUUGUAUGGUUUCCUUAUAUUUUUGCCGUCUUAAUAUAUUCUCUUAUGAUGAUAUUUGAUCUAGGAUUAUUUUUAGGAUGUUGAUAUCAGAUGAUUUAAAACACGUAUACGUCUCGGUUAUUUCCAAUGGGCAUGUAUCUAAGUCGUAGGGAUAGAGGUAAGGAAUUAGAACUGAAUGCAUGAAAUAGUUAAAUAUUCUUCUAGUUUGUAUCUAGAUAUAAUAAUUUUGCUAAUAUUAAACAAGGAAGGUUUUAUCAA